CUUAUUUUUACUUGAAAGAAUAAAAGUAUGGAAUUAUGAAAUUAAUAAUUUUAAUGGACCUUAUUUUUAAAACAUGAAUGAAAAGUAGCGUUAUCAAGUUCAAUCAACUCUUUUUAAAAUAUAAUCUGAAGUGCAUGCAGAUAUACAUUAAAGAUGAAGCUUGUUUUCAUUGCAGCAUUUGUGCAGUUGUGUUUGGGCUUGGAUAUGCCCAUCAAAAUUGACCUUUCAAAACCAGCUGCAAUUGUGGAUAACAAUUUCUUAUCGCUGACUCUUGGUUCUGAUGCACUUAAAUUUGAUUUUAAACACAUAGAUUUAGACUCAGAAAAGUUGCUUUCGUUGGCUAAAGGAUUAACUGGUCAUGAAAACCGAGCCGAGUUUUACUUUCGAAUUGGUGGCACAGCAGCUGAUCAUAUUGAGUUUGAACCUACGAUGUAUCGUUUUAAUGCCACAGAGUUUGAUGAAUUAUGUAAGUUUUCCUAUGAUGUUAGAUGGAAACUUAUUUUUGACCUGAACUCUUUGGAAAGAAAACCUGAUGGGUCUUGGGAUCCAACCAAUGCAGUGGAGCUUAUCGAUUAUAUUAUAGAGAAGGGUUAUUUUGUACAGUUUGAAUUGGGUAAUGAACCUGACUUGUACCCUAGUCAUCUUAAUAUAACAAUUCCUCCUGAACAAUUAGCUAAAGAUUUUUAUUUGUUGCGUCUAAUUUUAAAUGAAAAGACACGAAACCAAGCCAUGCUUGUCGGUCCCGAUGUGGCUACUCUGGACCGUUAUCAUUAUUUUGGAAAGUUUUUGUCAAGUGUGCAAGAAAAUGUCCUUGACGCUGUCACGUUUCAUCACUAUUAUUCAUCAAGCAAUAAUAUUACCACAAAAAAUUUUACAUCAGUGACAUAUCUUGACAAGUUUUUAGGUUAUUGCAGAGAAGCAUUGUCAAUAAUUAAAUCAUCCUUUACAAAAUUCCCCGCUCCACCUGUAUGGAUUGGCGAAACCUCCAGCACCUACGGUGGAGGGAGUCGCCAAGUUGGAGAAUCGUUUGCUUCAGGUUUUGUUUGGCUUGAUAAGUUAGGGAUUGCAGCACAGAUGAAUAUUAGCAUUGUGAUGCGGCAAUCUUUAAAAGGUGGGUAUUACUCCUUGCUGGACAGUCAUUAUAACCCGAAUCCCGAUUACUGGAGUUCGUUACUGUACAAGCAACUUAUGGGAAGAACGGUCUUAAAAAUUACCGGUUACCUUGAAUCUGGGAGGGAAAUCCGUGUGUAUGCGCAUUGUGUCAAUCGGUUCAGUGGGCGUGGUUAUCAACCUGGAUCUGUAAUUUUGAUGGCUUUGAAUAUAAACCCAACAGAAGAAGCAAGAAUUUAUCUUCAAAAUGAUUUCAAGUCUUUAAAUGCUGACCAAUAUUUAUUCACACCUGCAAAUGGAAGGCUAACUGAUAAUUCUGUAAAGUUAAACGGACAUGUUUUAAAAAUGGUUAAUGACACUGUGGUCCCUGAUUUGGAUCCUGUCCGAGUUAAACAACCAUUUAUUUUACCAGCUUUAUCUUAUGGUUAUUUUGUUGUUAUUGGUUCGUAUGCCUCUGCUUGUAAUGUUGUGUAAUACUGUUUUCUAAGGUUGUCCAUUACUGAUUUAAACAGCCUUUGUUUAGAUAAUAUUUCUGGAAAUAUCAUUAGGAUUGUAAAAAUUAGAAUUUAUUAGAAGCACCUUUGUGUAUUUCAUGCAAUAUGCACUCUAAACAGAUUAGUAUGUGUAACAUUUUUGUACUGUUGCGGUCUGUUUACUUGAAUUUGUUAGAUUCCCAGAUGUAUAUAUAUUUUGAGUUUUAAAUAAAAUUUAUAUAUUGUAAACCUUUUUUAUAUAGCCUUUUGUGUGUGUCAAAGUAUUAUUUGCAGACCAGAAGUUUUAUGUUCUGCAAUAUUUGUUUUUUAGAUAAAAAAUUUUAAUUUUGUAAAAUUUUUACUAGCUGUUGUUAAAUUUAGCUGUAAUACAAUCACAAAGUUGUGUGUUGA